AUGGAUAAUAAAUUGGACUCAGACAUUCUGGGUUCCGACAAAAAAUCAAAGUCGCAGCUUAAUGGAAUUACUGAAAGUAGCAAAAAAAUCAAAGAACAGUCAUUGGAAAUAAGUGAACUUCGUGAGACUAACAGAAUAUAUGAAUCGGAAAUCAGUGAACUUCGUGAGAUGAUUAAUCAACAUUCAUCUAAAUUAAGUCAACUUCAGAAACCCAACGGCGAUCAGAAAUCAGAAAUAGAUCAACUCCGUGAAACGAUCAAGAAACAAACGACUGAAAUUGGUGCACUCCGUAAUGAAAUCAUCAAACGAUCCUUUGAGAUUGGAGAAUUGAAAAAUGAAAUGGCUUCAUUUGGAGCGAGAAGUCUGGAUAUCAACGGCAAAGUGCUGCAAGAGCAAAAGUAGUAGCAGUCGUUACAAAUUGUUUCAAGUGGUGGCCGUGUGAUAGGGGUGCGAGUAGAACAAGCAGUGGAGGCGUACAUUUCGUUCCUUUUUCACGUGUUUCGAGUGGGCCCUGGCCAAAUUCAUCGUUCUGGCAGACUGCAGACUACGACUUAUAGUGUCUUAGAUUUCAGUGGUGUUUACAGCUUAAUGCUCAUGUAAUAGACAUUCAGCUUAUUGCUUAAGGUCAAUAUUAGUGCACAUUCAAUUUUUGAAAUGAGGAAUCUAAACUUCUGAAGAUUAGCUAUUUUCUGCACGACGCUUGCUCAAGUCUUUUGCUCUGAAUAAGACAUAAACAAUUACCUCAAACUGAUAUCUAACGACAUGUAAGCAAUCUGCUAUUACCCCAAUUUAUUUCAUACUUACGGUGCAGUGAUAAGUUUUAUAAAGCUUGCUCAUGUCUCUCGCUUCGAAAGUAUUAUACUAAUAGCCAGUUAUAUCCGAUGAUAUGUAAGCAGUUGGCCAUUACCUAUCCAAUUUAUUUCACUUUUGGUGAAGUGGCGAGCAUGUGAUUUGAGUCUGGAGUAUGUAAACUGCGAUGCCAACGUAGUGAAGUCUAACAUUUUAACCGUUGCCCAUUGCGCCCAUUUAUACCCGAUGUUAUGUAAGCAGUUGGCCAUAAACUAUCCAAUUUAGUCCACUUUUGGUGAAGUGGCGAGUGGGGCUGAGCAUUUUCAAAUGCCUGAUGAUUUCCAAAUCUAAUCAAAAAAAUUUUCGAAUCGAAUCUUGAAUACUUGGGGGAUAUCAAUUGUAUGUAACUUUCUUAUUGUAUUAGGUCCUCCAGACACAUAAAUUACAGAAAGCAUGGAACGCAUCAAUCAGGCAGAUUGCUGAGCACACGUUUUCAUCAAUAACUCAUUAUAAUAAAGAGUCGUAUGUCAGAAUUGCGUUGAAAUGGCUUCAAAUAGCUUGC